AUGACGCAGCAAGAAGCGGACACCGUUCCGACGCCGCCUUCCGACGCAGCUCCCAGCGAAGCCAAGGCCGCUACGCCCUCAAUUCCUUCGCCAGAUCCUCGGCGCCGUCGCGUACUCACUGUGGGCGACGGGAAUUUCUCGUACUCAUUGGCGUUGGCCAAGCAGCACAAGAGUAAGGGUGAUGACACACGACCGCUGCAGCUCACGGCUACGUCCUACGACAGCUACGACGAGCUGGUGGCCAAGUACCCGGAGAGCAAGCGCAUCUGUGCGCAGUUGAAGGAGUUGGGCGCCUCGGUAUUGCAUCGCGUCGACGCCACGAACAUCCGCGAGUCGCUCGUGGCGGCCGGAGCCACGUCCGACAAGUUCCACUCGGUCGUGUUCAACCACCCGCACUGCGGGGAGGAGAACGUGCGGCGGCAUCAGAGUUUGCUCUCUCACUUCUACGCUUCAGCGCUGGAAGUGCUAGAGAAGGGGGAGGGCGACGAGGUAGAGCAGAGCGAGGAGAGCGGGAUCCUGUUGACGCUGGCCGAGGGCCAACCGGAACGGUGGCAGGCUGUGCAGCGCGCGCUCAGCGCCGGGUUGAAGCUGCACCGACAGGUUGACAACGUGGACAGCGACGCGAAGUUUGGCCUGGAGUAUGAGCGCAAGCGGCAUCAGAACGGCAAGUCGUUCCACCAGGUUACGCUGCAUGGAGAGAGGAAAAAGCAGGCGAGUACGCUGUUCAUCUUCCGGCGACAGAAGGCUGGGGAGAAGGUGGAGGCAGUGGAGGCUGAAGUCGCUCCUGUUUCUCGCAAGCGCAAGGCGGAGAGUGAGCUGCCCCUGGAGUUCGCGUGCACUCAGUGUGAGAGGAGCUUCAAGUCUGCGCAGGGCUUGAGGACGCACGUGCACAUGGUGCACGAGUUGGAGGGGGGCGCGUCCAAGAAGCUUCUGCUGCCCUGCGAGUUCUGCGACCGCACGUUUAAGAAGGAGGACGCCAGGAGACAGCACCAGCUCGCCAAGCACGGCAAGGACCCGCUCAUCAAGCCCGACUGGUACGAAAAGCAGCAAGCGGCAGCCUCCGACGCACCGUCAGCAACAACGGAGGCGCCUGCAACUGCUGAGCCGCAGACGUGCUCCAUCUGCCAGCUCUCGUUCGCCACAGCUCAAGAGUUUGACGCGCACUGGCAGAAGUUGCAGCCUCGAUCUGCCGCCAAGCGCAAGUGUGCCACCUGCAGCCGCGAGUUCGACGAGGAGCGCGCGCUGCGGCAGCACCAGAACUUCUGCAGUCAGAGUAAGCCUGCCGGUAGCAGUAGUUGA